AUGGGAGAGGGCCGGGGAGACACUUUCGAGGGGGUGAGCACAGACCGCCUGAAGCUGGAGCUGCUCGAGGAGAUCCACUUGAAGGAUGUCGUGCAUCUCUCAAUGCUUGAAAUACGGCAUAAGAUAGCAGAGCUGGAGACCAGCCUCAACAGUGACAAUGCAGGCAGUGAAUGGAAAGCCCGGUAUGAGACCCAGCUAGAGCUGAACGACCAACUGGAAAAGCAAAUCGUUUCUCUGAAAGAGAAAAUGGAAAAGGUCCGUGGAAAUCCUUCAGAUAGACUGUCUUCCAUUCGUGCCUAUGAAAGAAUGCCGGUGGAAUCUUUAAACACGUUACUCAAACAACUCGAGAAAGAAAAACGGAGUCUCGAAAACCAAGUGAAGGACUACGCGCUUAAACUUGAGCAGGAAUCCAAGGCGUACCACAGGACCAACAACGAGCGCCGCAUGUACAUUGCGGAAAUGUCGCAGGUUUCUGGCUUAAAUCAAUUUUCUAAAAGGCAACAGAUGGAUCCGCUGCCUAGAAUGAAAGAGAGUCUGGUGAAAACUGGGAGAUACAAUUCCGUUAAUCAGAAGAUAACGAAUGCCAAGAAAGGACCAGUAAAAAAGGUUACAAGAUCAAACCAUCUUCCAAAACUCAACCCGUGAUUCCAGAGCUGGGCAGACUUCUAUUUUUUCCAUCUUUUCUUCAUCCAGAAUCUUCAGUUUAGGAGGCAGACGUUCAACACAUUUCUCAGGAGAGGAAAUAGAUAAGGAAGAGCGGCUUCUCUCGCUCUUUCAAAAAUCGAUUCCUCUG